UGACGCACUUGCGUACUCAGGUAGUCUGGUCGGGGAGGUGCUGGCAAAGCAAAUAUGGCGGCGGCCAUGCGCGUUGCGGGGGCCGGAGCAAGGCUCAGCGUUGUGGUGAGCGAUCUCCGUGUCGCGGCCCGCAGCUUAUGCAGCCAGCCAGUCUCCAUUAACCAGCGCGUAGAAGACAAGCGCCGUGCCGCACUGAUGGGAGGGGGCCAGCGCCGCAUUGAUGCCCAGCACAAGCGAGGAAAGCUAUUGGCCAGAGAGCGGAUCAGUCUCUUGCUGGACCCUGACAGUUUUAUUGAGAGCGACAUGUUUGUAGAACACAGAUGUGCAGAUUUUGGAAUGGCUGCCGACAAGAAUAAGUUUCCUGGAGACAGUGUUGUCACUGGACGGGGCCGAAUCAACGGAAGAUUGGUUUAUGUCUUCAGUCAGGAUUUUACAGUUUUUGGAGGCAGUCUGUCAGGAGCACAUGCUCAAAAGAUCUGCAAAAUCAUGGACCAGGCCAUGACAGUGGGGGCUCCAGUGAUUGGACUGAAUGACUCUGGGGGAGCACGGAUCCAAGAGGGAGUGGAGUCUUUGGCUGGCUAUGCAGACAUCUUUCUGAGGAAUGUCAUGGCAUCCGGAGUCAUCCCACAGAUUUCUCUGAUCAUGGGCCCAUGCGCUGGUGGGGCUGUCUACUCCCCAGCCCUAACAGACUUCACGUUCAUGGUAAAGGAUACCUCCUACCUGUUCAUCACUGGCCCUGAUGUUGUAAAGUCUGUCACCAACGAGAAUGUUACCCAAGAGGAGCUUGGUGGUGCCAGGACCCAUACCACCAUAUCAGGUGUUGCCCACAGAGCUUUUGAAAAUGAUGUGGAGGCGUUGUGUAAUCUCCGGGAGUUCUUCAACUACCUGCCCCUCAGCAAUCUGGACCCGGCUCCCAUCCGCGAGUGCCAUGAUCCCAGUGACCGUCUGGUUCCUGAACUCGACACAAUUGUCCCUUUGGAAUCUACCAAAGCCUACAACAUGGCGGACAUCAUACACUCUGUUGUUGAUGAGAGAGAAUUUUUUGAGAUCAUGCCCAAUUAUGCCAAGAACAUCAUUGUUGGUUUUGCAAGAAUGAAUGGGAGGACCGUUGGAAUUGUUGGCAACCAACCCAAAGUGGCUUCAGGAUGCCUAGAUAUCAAUUCAUCUGUGAAAGGAGCUCGUUUUGUCCGAUUCUGUGAUGCAUUCAAUAUUCCGCUCAUCACUUUUGUUGAUGUCCCUGGCUUUCUGCCUGGCACGGCACAGGAAUACGGGGGCAUCAUCCGGCAUGGCGCCAAGCUUCUCUACGCAUUUGCUGAGGCAACUGUUCCCAAAGUCACAGUCAUCACCAGGAAGGCUUAUGGGGGUGCCUAUGAUGUCAUGAGCUCCAAGCACCUUUGUGGUGACACCAACUAUGCCUGGCCCACAGCGGAGAUUGCCGUCAUGGGAGCAAAGGGCGCUGUGGAGAUCAUCUUCAAAGGGCACGAGAAUGUGGAAGAUGCUCAAGCAGAAUAUAUUGACAAGUUUGCCAACCCUUUCCCUGCAGCAGUGAGAGGGUUUGUGGAUGACAUCAUUCAGCCUUCCUCUACACGUGCCCGAAUCUGCUGUGACCUGGAUGUUUUAACGAGCAAGAAGGUACAACGUCCUUGGAGGAAGCAUGCAAAUAUUCCACUGUAAACACAUCAAAAGAAUGUAAACCAAGAGCUAGUUCCCUGGCUAUUAGAACUCAUCCCUGUCUUUUUUGCAAUCAUGAAACCUGAGAAUCUAAGUAACAGUAAUUACUUGGAAUGGCUAAACUUACUUAAAUUCGAGAAAGAUUUCAUUUGUGCCUUACUGUAAAAUUAUUUGCUUGAUUAAAAAUAUUGGUUUAUUUCUGAGCGUAAAUUUGAUUUUUUAUGGUAGAAAUAUGAAAAACAAUAAAAUUAGACCAAGGAAAACAGUAUGUAUAUAGCACUGUCACCUAAAGCUGUCCUGUAUUUAAUACCUCCGUGUAUUGUGCGUCCACCCUGGCUCCCCACCCCCGCCAAAGAA